AUGUCCACUAGUGGUUUCACCUUCAAGGACAGGUGUGUGUCCGUGCUCUGCUGCAGAUUCUGCCAGCAGGUGCUGAGCUCGCGGGGGAUGAAGGCAGUACUGCUGGCCAACACAGAGAUCGACCUGUACUCCACCGACAUCCCACCCACCAAUACUGUUGACUUCAUUGGAAGCUGCUAUUUCACUGACAUCUGCAAAUGCAAACUGAAGAACAUUGCAUGUUUAAAAUGUGGCAAUGUUGUAGGUUACCAUGUGAUUGCUCCAUGCAAACCUUGCCUGCUGUCCUGUAACAAUGGCCAUUUCUGGAUGUUUCACAGCCAAGCAGUCUUUGGUAUAAACAGACUAGACUCCUCUGGUGUGAAUUUACUGCUUUGGGGCAACUUACCAGAUUUGGAUGAAAGCACUGAUGAAGACCUGUCUGGCAUCUCUGAGGAGGAGUAUAUCAGAUAA